UGCUUUGCGCUCCUCUCAAUACUGUUACAUGCAGCUAUUGUAUUCGCCACGGGAUUUUAGCUAUUCGCUUCGCUUUACCUCCCAUGUUUCCAGCGACGAAGGAAUGAAGAGUCUUUUCAAUUAAACGAUAUUGACAUGAAGAAGGACAUAGAGGUGCUGAUAGCAGAGGAACGUGCUGAGAUCAUCUCUAAAUAUAAUAAGGGUAGAGAUGCAGGAGUUCAGAUCGAUCCUUGGGAGGAUGCAGACUACAGCAUAUACAGAGUCACAGAUCGCUUUGGAUUUCUUCAUGAAGAAGAAUUACCCACACCCAGUGCGCUUGAAGAGAAGCAAAAACAGGUGGAGAUUGAGAGGGUGCAGAAAUGGUUGAAAAUGCUGAAGAACUGGAGCAAGUACAGGAACAGUGACCGGAUGAUUAAGAGGGUGUAUAAAGGCGUCCCACUACAGCUGAGAGGACAGGCCUGGGCCCUGCUACUGGAUGUUGAGAAAGUCAAGAGUGACAAUGCAGGAAAAUAUGAGAGAAUGAAGGAGCAAGCCCAGCUGUACUCUCCAGAAAUCAAACAGAUUGACCUUGAUAUCAACAGGACCUUUCGAGAACACAUCAUGUUCAUGGAUCGAUUUGGUGUAAAGCAGCAGUCUUUGUUCCAUGUGCUCUCUGCGUACUCUGUUUACAAUACGGAAGUGAGUUACUGCCAGGGCAUGAGUCAGAUUGCUGCCAUACUGUUAAUGUUCAUGAAUGAAGAAGAUGCAUUCUGGGCUUUGUCCCAGCUCUUAACCAAUCAGAAACAUGCCAUGCAUGGAUUCUUUGUUCCUGGAUUUCCCAAACUUCAGCGUUUCCAAAACCACCACGACCAGAUUCUCUCCAAACUUUUACCCAAACUAAAGAAGCAUUUGGAUAAGGAGCAGAUGUCCAGUGGGAUUUACAGCACUAAAUGGUUCCUCCAGUGUUUUAUUGACAGGACCCCAUUCACUUUGACCUUACGUCUGUGGGACAUCUUCAUCCUUGAGGGUGAGAAAGUUCUGACAGCUAUGGCUUACACCAUCCUUCAGCUCCAUAAAAAACGAUUGCUUAAGAUGUCUCUGGAGGACCUGAGAGAGUUCCUGCAGGAGAAGAUUGGAGAGUCCAUCUACCUCCACGAUGACCUUGUCAUAGAGCAGCUUAAAAUUUCCAUGUCUGAACUUCGCAAAAUGAAGCUUGACCUCCCACCACCAGCUAAGCCUGAUGAGUUUCCUCGAAAACCUCUGGGCCUGGAGCUGCCCGUUGUUCUAACGCCAGUCAAACGGCCCAAACCGAGCCCUUCAGAAGAUACACCCAACAAAGCCCAGCUCAUCAAACGGCCACCUGCCUCUCUGCACAUCUCUCUACAGCAGGAGUCCAUCAUGCUGGAUGACAGCCCUUCACAGGAAAAGAAGCCUUACAACGAUGGAGGGACUGGCAGCAUGUCUCCCCUCCCCUCACCGGACCCCGUUCUAGUGCACAGCCAGAUUCCCCUCACACCUGACGGAAUGAUAGGAGCCCCUGAGGACGGCGGGGAAUGGCCUCCUCCAUACGAACCUCCUGUACCUGAGCUUAAUGAGACUCAAAACCAACCGGAGCUGUGCAACCUUACUGCACCUUCAAAUGUGGAUGAGAAAAAACUUUCACAAGCAUCUCAGAACUUGGAGCAGGACACUUCAGAGACAGCAGGGGGCAGUGUGGCGAGUGAUUUACCCUCAGACAAUUUCGAAUCUGUUUCAAUGCAGCCUUCUGGCGUUUCCAGUUCUGAAAAGUAUGAGGGACAGGUAGGGGAUGAUGAAAGUCAGAAUAUGGACAAUUUUUCAGAAAGACUCUCACCUAAGAUCUCCUCAACAGCCUGUGAGCUGUCACAGUUACCUGCCAAACGAAUCCCCACAGUCCAUUCAGACCCUCUGUUCCAGCACCCGCCUCAUUCCAGCCAACACCUGCCCAAAUCAGAGACAUUUUAAGCUGCCAACUGACUUUUAUUCAAGUGCUUUGCCAGUGAUCCUGUGGAGAGCAUUAUUGAUUUUUCAGCAUUUGUCUUUUCAGCAACUCAAGUUUGCUCUGGUUGAACUCACUUUGUGAUGCAUUUGCACAAACAUCGCAGCUGGCACAUAUGACAGAGAUAAAAGCUUCAUAUCAAAAGUGAGCUGGCUCACUGCUUAAUACACAACUCGGCAUAUAGCCAAUUGUUUUAAGAACAACUGCCUUCCAACUUUUCUCUCACAUUUUCUGGGUUUGUACAGAACUGCCACUCAAUUACACCACAACACCGCCGAUGUCUUUGCAAUUUCUGGGCUCAAAUUUAAUGAAAUGGUGAAAGCUGUAAUGAAAAGGUCGGAACCACGCUCUGCAAUAUGACUGAUUUCACUACAGUGAUUUUCAACAUUCAAAAUCAACCCUUCGUUAAUAUGCUAUCCCUAGUAAAAACUUAAUAUAUUUAAAAUACAUUUAUUUCAUACUAAGUAUAGUUAACAUAUUUA